AUGUCAUUGAAACCCGGACGUACAAUUUUAUCUUCUACCAUUUCCAAGACGUAUGUGGAAGAAAUCAAGAAUAAAGUAGAAGCCUUGAAAGGUAUACGACCUGAUGGACCACUUUUGGUUGGGUUUCUUGCCAAUGAUGAUCCAGCAGCCGAAAUGUACGCCAAUUGGACGGCCAAGACUUGUGAAUCGAUGGGAUUCCGGUACGAACUUAGAACCGUUCCAGAGAAGGAUUUCCUAGAAGAAGCGAUCAUCGAAGCGAACAGAGAUGACGCUGUAGACGGUAUAAUGGUCUAUUUUCCAGUCUUUGGUAAUGCCCAAGACCAGUAUUUGCAACAAGUCGUUUCCAGAGAAAAAGACGUCGAGGGUCUUAACCACGUUUACUACCAGAACAUGUAUCACAACGUAAGAUAUUUGGAUGACAAACAACAGCAGAAAUCGAUUUUGCCCUGUACACCACUGGCCGUGGUCAAAAUCCUCGAGUACCUCAAAGUUUACAAUAAUUUACUUCCAGAAGGAAAUAGACUCUACGGCAAGAAAUGUGUCGUUGUCAAUCGGUCGGAAAUUGUCGGAAGACCCUUGGCGGCACUUCUGGCCAAUGACGGCGCCAUUGUUUACUCCGUCGAUGUGAAUAACGUACAAAAGUUCACGCGAGGUGAAGGCCUCAAAUUCAAAAAACACCAUGUCGAAGAUUUAGGAGCCUACUCGAAUGAAUUACUACAACAAUGUUCUGCAGACGCGGACGUGAUCAUCACCGGUGUGCCUAGUGAAACCUACCGUUUUCCCACGGAGUUUAUUAAAGAAGGUGCCGUUUGCAUAAAUUUUUCGUCUAGUAAGAACUUCGACGACGAAGUCAAGACUAAAGCGUCGCUUUACGUUCCGAGCACUGGUAAGGUCACCAUUUCAAUGCUGUUGAGGAACAUGCUACGUUUAAUCGACAACAGGCAAAAGUGA